CUCUCCACCACGGCAAUCCACGGACCAAGUUGGGCAGAACUGGCGGAACUUCGCGCGGACCACAACGAAUUGAAAAUACGACCACUUCAGCCAGCAUCUCUAACCUCACCGCCGUCACGAAACCGAACAAGAACCGAUCGAAUUAAUCUAAUCACACGAAAAAAGGAAUUGGGCAAACUCUUUUAUACGCGCCGAAGAGGCCGCGCCUGGCGAAUCCGCAAUUGGGGGGGAAAUUUGACGCGUCUUGGAGUGGAGGGGCGGCUCCAGCCAAAACUGCCUGCCCGGGGGCACGCAGCCUCGAAUUGCUUUGCGACACGCGACCCAGCACCGAAGCUCGGGAGGGACCGACGACAAGUUAUUCCAGCGAUAUACGUCCGAUCGCUCGAUCAACGGACCAGACGAUUAUUUCGCCGUGCUGUCGCAUACCUAAACCUAGCAAAAAAGUCUCGCCAAUCCCCGACUGCAUCCAUGCCUUCGCCCUCGACGUCCGCUUGCCAUCCAUGACGACUCUCAUACGUGCACGCCAGCCGCUACAGGACUUGAGCAUGAGCAAUCAGCCGGGGGAGCCGCGUCGCUACAGCAAACGCCUUGCCGAUGCCGCGGUGUACGACGAGCAGGAUGGCGACUUUCUCUUUACGCGUGGCUCGAAACGAGCCAGGACUUCGACGGCGGCCGGCGACUUGGAUGCUGCCACUCCCUCGGCAGUAUCAGCUGCUCCAGCGACGAAAAAGGCGGCAGGGCGACCGCCCAAGAAGGCCGCGCCCGUGGCGAUAGUGGGAGGGAGGAAACGCGCCGCUUCGCCGCAGCUGGCUCCCGUGGAGGAGACGCCACCGCCGGCGACAAAGAGGCCGACGAGGAGGAAACCGAGCGCGUCCCCUGCGCCAGAACCGAAACCGCUCGCCGUUGCGAAAACGCGCGCCAGGAGGACAGAGGCGGCGGCCACGACGACGGCUGCGGCUGCACCGGCCAGCGCCGCUGCGACGACGGCCGGCCGACGGACGCGAUCCUCUAUGGAAACGGUGGUGGAAAAUGGCGCAGUGAAUCAUCAUGCAGCACCGGCACAUGCAGUACCAGCAGCAACGACGGCACCUGAAGCAAGGAGACCGAGUAGGGGGAGGCCACCGACGAAGAAGCGAACGGCAGCAGCGGCUGCGGCGGAAGACAGGGCUCUGGAACCGGUUGCGACACCCCGAAAUGAUGCGAUGGAUACCAGCAUGGAUGACGGGCCAGCUGGUGAGGGGAUGAUAUAUGGACAGGAGCACCAUGAGCCAGCGCGCAAGAUUGCUCUUCCUUUUAGCGAUACACCCAUAAUGGACCGCAACAAGGAGUUGCGCAGGAAGGGCGGGGCCGGCGGCAACGGAGCGCGACGGAGCAGCCUGGGAAUGAGGGGCAGGCGGGCGAGUUCUUUGAUCGAAAAUGGCCACAGUGCAAUACCGCACCGCGAGGUCAACGCUGGCGAGUUCUACAAGCACAUCGAAGCCGAUGUGAUGGAGCCGAGGAGGAUGAAGCAGCUGCUUACGUGGUGCGGCGAGAGGGCGUUGCUGGACAGGCCUGCGCACGGCUCUGUGGAUUCCAUGAAUUCUAAUGCGAUUCUUGGAGCACGUGCAAUACAAGAUCAACUUUUAAAGGACUUUGGGAACAAGUCGGAAUUCUCGGACUGGUUCAGCCGGGAAGACGAGGCGAGUGAAGCCGAGCCCAAGCGGCCAGUGAUCACAAAACCAAACCCGGUCAAUAUUGAGAACGAGAAAAAGAUAGUAGAGCUGGAGGCUACCAUCAAACGCUUGAAAUUGGAAAGGAAAAAGUGGUUGGCGCUGGAGAAGCCACCUCCUGAAUUCCCACCCCUCUUUGAAGAUGAAGACCCGACCAAGGCUCCUCUGCCUGACGAAGGGGCGCUCGACGAGGAAGAGGCGCGUAUGUUGCGUUUUUUGACGGAGCCGACGAGCAACUUUGCUUCGCUGCGAGCAAAAACGCAGUCGCGACUACAGUCACUGAUGGCCCCGUUAGAGGUCGACAUUGACAAACUCGCCGACAGCGUGCACAAGCUCGAUCAGCGCGUCGCAGCGGGUGGACGACAGGCGGACCGCGUGCUCGGCCUGAGCGCAGACCGGCUCAAGGAGCGCGAGGAACGCGAAAAGGCCGCAGCCGGCACCAAGAACCUACCCGUCAUGGAGGUCCUGAGGAGUCUUGGCAAGAUAUUACCCGAAGAAGACGGCUAGGGUUGCGUUGCUCGCGCGUGCCCUGGUACAGUCUAGGGGUAACUGCGUAAUGGCCAGACAAAAAACAACUACUUUUUGCUCCUCGAUCUGCAGAGGAGUCUUUUUAUAAUGACAUGACGACAACUAAGGGGAUUCAAACGAGCGUCUGAUUUUGGUAUCGUCUCCUUUUCUUCUCUUCCACCAAUCUUUUCCCCCUCUCUUUUCCUCUUAGGGCGGAAGGUUACUUUUUUUUUAGCUCAUUUCCUUUGUCAUGAUUCCUUCCACCGCUCCUUGUUGGUGGCGCUCUCGUACCACAGGUGACUUUUUGUAGUCCAAAAAAAGGACUACAAGCACCGUUCAGUUAAGCCUUUUGAUUGGGUGUUUAUGUUGGGACUUGUUUAUACCCCCUGGAGCAUGAAGUUUGGAGACUUGAGACUGGGACUGGCUUGCCAUGGCUUGGGCGUUUUCUGUUGUAGUAGUUGUGCUGUUGGUGGUGGUGGUGGUGGUGGUGGUGGUGGUGGUGGUGGGUUGGUGGCAAUUUGGCAAGCUGUGGGCAGGCAGCUUUUUGCCCGUUCUGGUUCAGGUUUUGAGGUGCGAUGUUUGUACAUAUUGGCCCUGUGGCCUGUGACCAAGAAGACUGGCUGGCUUCUUUGGUUCCAACAUCGACUAUUGAAUGGACAGAGAACUAGAAAUGUCCCCGAAUCAGCAGCAUGUUCGCCACGA